CGACCUUCCCUCGCAAAAGUGUGUGACAUCCCAAGCAGCUCGAUCGACAAUAUUACCGCUGGUAGGGGUCCGGCGCUCUCAGCGCGAUGAAUUGUCGGAUCUCAGCCAAAGAAUGUACGCGAGAGUGGGAAGAGUUGCGGGGUCGCAAACGACCUCGCGCCAUCGACCGCAAACAAGAAGCCGCCCGUUCCACCCCGGAUGCUACGGAUCCUUACGACUGUUCUGAUGUAAAGAUUUUCCCCAUAAACGAGAUUGUCGAUCGAGUAGCGUCCGAGGCGGUGCGCGAAUGGAGAGACCUCGAUGGACGAAGAGUUGCUGCUGGUUUCGGCACACUUUCUCCCGCAUCAUCCGGAGUGGCUGGAACCCCUUCGUCCCCAAUUGAUUUUUCAAAGCAACCUAGUGCUCAGCAAAAGAUGGCACCACCUGCAUGGUACGAAAAUCAUGUGAGACUUCCCGAACGAUUUGACUACGCAACAUCCCUACAAGAAGCUCCCGAAGACGACGGAACGGGCGAUCGUGUGGUAUCGCUGCAAGAUCCGUCACAAACGACGUCGUACGAGCGGGAACUUUGGAAACUAUUCGCACAAAUACCUACAAAGGAAGAUCUAGAAGCCGAAAUAAUCGACGGCGCCAAAUUGGAGCGUUCCUUCGCAAUGCAGAACGAAAUUACAACAGGUAUUACGCAAUAUACGCGGCUGGAUUGUCAUGCUCUGUCCCGCGUACGACUUUCAGACCGUCACGGUCUACCGCCAACUCCCGCCGAAGCGGCGGGGACGACGACUCUCGUGUUUGAAUGCUGGCGCCAGGCUCUAAAACGAGGAUCGUCGGCGGACCCAAAUCGUACCAUGUUGGAGUUUUUGGGUUCACAGACCUUGUUGGAUUUUCACAAAGCUUUGACAGAGCUGACUGAAGAUGAAUUAUGGGAGUCAGGAACGGCCAGCGGCUUACAUAAUGAAGCGGCAAGUGGCAUGUUUUUCAUUGAAGGUGUAUUCUACACAUUUGGAAAUGUAGAUUAUACUUCGACGAUACAAAAGUGGAUGGACACCGCACCGAGUACCUUCCGACAGAAGUUGUCCAUCCACUUGGGUUUAAGAUUGAUAGACAACCUUCCUACUGCAAAAAUGACGGAUAUGAGAUUGGAUGAGCUCACCCUCCGCCUGGGCUUUCGAUACGCACAUAUACAUCAUGGAGAUGUGGAGACAGCAGUCUUUUUGGUAGACCGCAAGCUAACAACACUUCAUCGCAUCGAUUAUCCUAUUCUUCACGAUCUUUGGACAUCAUCCUUUACGAUUCCAGAUUGUGAAGCAUGUCAGUCGCGGCUGGCUACGGUUGUGACGUCCGUAACAUGCAGCGCUGCGGAUUUUGCCGUCCGGGUAAUAUGUAGGUCUUGUAGUGAUCAGCUGCAAAUCCGAGACUUGGAAUCGUCUAACAUCAAUUCAUAUACGAAAUGGCGGCAACAAGGGGAUUUUUCAGGCGGAGCCACGGGCAAGUAG